AUGCGUCCUGAUUCAGUCGAAGCAGGUCCGGAUGGACGGUAUACCUAUCAGGAUGAUAAUGGAUCGCAUCAAGGUCUCGCAGUUGCCAAUUCUGAGCCACCAGCACCUCCUUCAACAAUUACUCAACCGCCUGAUCGAGAUGCUGCGAGUUGUGACGACUCGGCGGCCGAUUCACGUCACCCCAAUGGAAUCGAUAGAAUCGGCCCCUUUGAAUCGGAAUUGCCAUCUGAAGUUACGACUCCCGACGAAAGACCCAGAGCACCCCAUACGCAAAAUCCCACCUCACCAUCAACUGUUCAACCAAGUUUUGUGGGUGAAAGCUGGUACGCGUCCUACUUUAUGAGAGGGUUUGCUCCUGGUUGCACCAGUUUCCACCGCCCAAUCGAUGACUGCAACCAGACAGUUCAGAACGUCUCUCGCGAUACUCCUAGGCAAAACUGUCCCAGGAGAUCACCACAGCCACGAGGCCGAACCGAGCUAUCAGACCUACCACGCCCCGACUUGAUGGACCGGCUCAUCCAUGCAUACUUUGACCGAUUUCACACCUUUUGCCCGAUCGUCGGAAAGGAGUCCUUUGCUGCGUCGCUUCAUGAUGGGACCGUAUCUGGAACCCUCUUGCGUUGUGUGCUCUUCGUCGCUUCUCUGCAUUGCGACGUGGAGAUACUGCAUGUAAUGGGUCACAGCACUCGAUUGGACGCUAACUCCGAUCUCUUCAACAAGGCCAGCACUUCAUUCGACGAGGACACACAAUCUGACCGGACAAGUAUGGUGCUGUCCUCAUAUCUGCUUCACUACUGGUUCGGUAAUCCUACCUCCUACCGUGAUGCGCAUUGGUGGCUUGCAGCUGCCAUCAGGUCGGCACAAUGCAUGGGCUAUCACAGAAGCACCAAGGAUAGCCAGAUGCCGCCCCAGGAAAAGUUGCGAUGGAAGCGUAUAUGGUGGUGCCUCUAUAUCCGCGAUCGACAGACCUCCCUCUCUACUGGCACCCCCAUGGUCAUCAACGACCUCGAUCACGACGUUGAAGAGCUGGUGAUGGAUGAUUUGUCAGACGAGACUCCAGAGACAGCGCGGUAUAUAAUCUCACAGAUGGAGUUGAACAAGACCGCGGCACGACUGUAUUUUCUUCACUGUUCACCGUCACGACUCCCUUUAAGCAGGCAGGCUUCUGUGCGUCAGACUGCCAUGGAAGAUAUCCAGAUGACCCUCCAUUCAUGGUACACGACCUCUGAAGGAAUCAAUGUUUCCAAAAGAGACCAUCAUUUGACACUGACCCUGAAAGUCUGCUACUAUUACUACUUCAUUAACCUUCUUCAGCGCUUACAAAGACAGUCCAACCGGGGCGGCGACACUAAACCGAUUCUCGAUGCUGCUCUUCAGGUCUUUGGCCUGGUGGAAGACUCGCUCCUGUACUGGACGCCAGAGCAUUUCCCCAUGAUUUACGUAUCUGCUCUGUUCUCUGCCAUGAUAGCAGUCGCUGCUGAUGGUAGCAUGUCGCCACCCAGAAGCGACCAGCUCCUUUGCAAGAUUCGCCCAGGUUUGCUGGCCCUGAAGCAGUUUGAGUCAGUCUAUAAUCUAGCCCGAUGGAUUCGAAACUUCUUUAUGGACAUCUUGAAUCGUUCCGAGCCACAUACUGGCGACAAGACUGCUCAGGCCCGAGAAUUGAUCGAACCACGCCGAGCUCAGGAUGGGCAACCCAUAACGCCAGAGAGCGUCGCCCAAGCCCCCGCGGAGAACACUAUAGCAGCUACUCCCGUACCGGCAGAGCAGCCUGACUAUUCGACUCCAAGUUUAAAUGUUGAAGACUCGAGCUUUCUGUUUGGGCAUGAUGCCCGCGAAGAUGAGUGUCAUCAUCCAGAACUGGCACGCGUUGGUGGAUUCUGGCCGGCAUCCCUGGUGACGGGCAUCUUUUCAGGAUCUCAUAAUAGCGAUGUGAUGGACUUCCCUCAGCCUGAUUCCCUUCAGUAUCAGGCCAUGCACUUUUUGGCCGACUUGGGCAUAGCGAGUUCGGAUUACUUGGCGGCUUACUUCUCCGACACGCUUCCCGACAAGCACGACCUCUCUCGACUUCAAGUAGACCAUCACCGAGACCUAACAAGGAUUUCGGAAAAUAUCUCGGUAAGAAUGAGAUCCCUCAUGUGCCAUAUUAUCUAUCACUCAUUGGACUCACGAUUUGCAGGACUGUUUUCUUUGGGAGUGGCAGUAGCUGGUGUUGCGAGUUUCACAGCGCUUGGCCAAACAGCCCGACAGACAUCAACAUUACCACUUUCCGGAACCCCCAAGAUACACCACGACACUUCGGCAGCGAACAUCAAAGCGGCCUGUGUAGAGUUUGAGCAGAUCAUUGGGAAAGAUCACAUCUCGUCAGAAAGAACCGAUCUCGUCACUCAUUCUGGAUCAGAUUAUCAGUCAUAUGCCUGGUCUGAAGAGAGUGCCAUCCUUUCGAAUGUCAUCCUCUAUCCAGAAACAACGGAACAAGUUUCACAGAUCGUCAAAGUAUGCUUUCGCCGCCGUUUACCAGUGACGCCAUACUCUGGUGGCACCUCAAUUGAGGGCCAAUACAUUCCCCAGUUCCAAGGCGUCUGCAUCGACUUCACUCGCAUGAACCAGAUCAAAGAGAUAAACCCUGUUGAUCUCGACUGCACGGUGCAGCCUGGAAUUGGCUGGGUGGAUUUGAACGACGAGUUGGCGUCGCAUGGACUCUUCUUUCCUCCAGAUCCAGGCCCUGGCGCCAUGAUAGGAGGCAUGGUCGGGACUGGCUGCUCAGGGACCAAUGCAGCUGCGUAUGGAACCAUGAAAGAUUGGGUUCUGUCGCUCACGGUGGUACUUGCUGAUGGGACCAUCAUCCAGACGCGACAGCGAGCAAGAAAGUCCAGCGCAGGUUACGACUUGACAAGGGUAUUUGUUGGAAGCGAGGGAACUCUGGGGUUGGUUACCGAAGCAACUCUGAAGCUAGCGGUGAAGCCUCCACACGAAGUCGUGGCUGUCUGCACAUUUCCCACACUGCGUGCUGCGGCCUCUGCGGUACGUGAAGUGGCCUCGAGCGGUAUCCAAGUCGCAGCGGUUGAGAUUCUCGACGAAGUCCAGAUGAGGAACAUCAACCUAGCUGCCCUGACGCGGCUGAAGUGGAAAGAAGAGCCUACGCUAUUCUUCAAGUUCGCCGGCAGUGACGACUUCAUCGUCAAGCAUAUCGCCAAAAAGGUUGGAGAGAUCACCAAGAGAAACGGCAGCUCGACAUACACGUUUGCCUCUGACGAAUCCGAGCGGAAUGAGCUGUGGUCCGCGAGAAAAGCUGCUUUGUGGAGCAUGCUUGCCCAGCGUCAAUCGCCAACAGACAAAGUCUGGACUACAGAUGUUGCUGUUCCGCUGAGCAGACUCCCGGACAUUAUCGAGCUCGCCAAGGCUGACAUUGAAAAGUCUGGCCUUAUGGGUUCGAUCGUCGGACAUGUGGGAGAUGGGAACUUUCACACAUUACUCUUGUUCCCGGAGGAGAAGAGACCUAUUGCUGAAGCGGUUGUACAUCGGAUGGUAGAUAUGGCGAUUGAGAUGAAGGGCACCGCAACUGGCGAGCAUGGAAUUGGUCUUGUGAAGAGAGACUAUUUGGAGAAGGAGCUUGGGAAAGAGACUGUGGACACCAUGAGGGCUAUGAAGAGUGCCUUCGACCCAAUGUGUAUCUUGAACUGCGACAAGGUCAUCCGCAUGAAACCAGCACAGGAACAAUAA